GGGAGACAGAGGAGCAGCACAUCUGGCCGGUGUAAGGGGUUUGUCCGAAUUCCUUUAAACAUCGAUUGGAGUUCUGAACAAGCUGGAAAAGGCAUAAUCAAGUGGAGCACCUACAGAAGAUCUGACAAGUAAAUUGUCAGUUUUUUUUUCUGGUGGAAUUAUGGGACAUAAACAGGACUAAUUUAUGAUAAAAGAGGAUUGGAGCAAUGGACGCAACACCUGCUGCUUAUUUUGCUUUACAUCCUUCAGUUUUUACCACCACCGCUGCAACAGGAUACCUGCAGAAAAUGUUUCAGGAGUAUCAAAACAACUCGGUCAUCGUAGUUCACUACAACUACACUGGAAAGAUAAGCGGGGACAAGUACAAGGACGGUCUAAAGCCUGAAGCUAUUGUGUUCCUUAUUAUCUGUUUGCUUAUUGUUCUGGAGAAUGCUGUGGUUCUCGUAGCAAUAUGGAGGAAUAAAAAAUUCCACCAGCCCAUGUACUACCUGUUGGGUAACUUGACUUUAUCAGACCUGCUGGCGGGCUUCACUUACAUGGUGAACAUCUUAACAUCAGGAGCCAAAACGCUCAACUUGACACCUCUACAGUGGUUUAUACGAGAAGGUGGCGUCUUCAUCACACUAGCCGCCUCCAUCAUCAGCCUCCUGGCCAUUGCUAUCGAACGACAUGUUACCAUGGUGCGAAUGAAGCCCUACCAGGGGGCUAAACGUGGACGCAUGUUCGCUCUGAUCGGUGUUAGCUGGCUGCUCUCGAUCCUUCUGGGUGUUCUUCCUAUUAUGGGCUGGAACUGCAUAGGUAAUCUGGACUACUGCUCCACCGUCCUGCCGCUCUAUUCCAAGAGCUACAUUUUGUGCUGCAUUACAGUCUUCUCUGCAAUACUGCUGUCUAUUGUUGUGCUUUACAUCCGCAUCUUCCGCAUAGUGAAGUCAAACACACCGCUGAUGGGCUGCGGUCCACAGCGCAAGGGGUUGUCCAGGAAGUCCCAAAAGUACAUGGCUCUUCUGAAGACAGUCACAAUAGUACUUGGUGUCUUCAUCGUCUGCUGGCUGCCGCUGUUUUUUCUUCUCUUGCUGGACUUCUGCUGUCCAACGCAAGGCUGCACGGUGCUUUUUAAAGCAGAUUACUUUCUGGGAAUUGCUAUGUUUAAUUCAUUGCUCAACCCUAUAAUCUACACAUUAACCAGCAAAGACAUGCGUAGGGCAAUACUGAGACUGCUAUGCUGCUACUGUUUGAUCAACAAGGAAGGACAGUUGAGGAAGUUUGGAAUAACCUUCCUGGAAUUCAGCACAAGUAAGACAGAGAAGCCGUCACACAGGCUGGAGGGUCUGGAGACGACGGUCUCCACUGGGAACUUCACCCCAUCUCCUAUUAAAGCUAUGUUUCCCAGAAUUACAAAGAUUUAAGCUUCGGUUUAUUGAAAUGUAUCUUGACAAGGGAAGAAGUCUGGGAACGCCAGUUAUCCAGGCCAGACUGAACUCUAAGUGCUUCCUUCUAACAGAACCAUUAUAGUUUCUACAUAAUAUCCAACAAAGUGACAAAGCAUUACAAAUAUUAUCAUGAGCAAAUAAAACGUCUGUGGAAUUUCUCGUCGACCAUUCACUGUGAGAGCUGACGACAAUCAAGAGGAGUCAUCACAGAAAACAGACCUAGAUCAGAUGAAACUUGAUGCAACACGCACUUGAGACCAAACAGAAUGAAGCUGAGAUGGUGGUAGACAUUACAAUGCAGGAUUUUAGAAUUGUCGGUUAUGCUUUUCAGACUUGCUUUUCAAGCAUGAGACAUUGUGUAAACAAAGGCGUUUAUGCGUCCGGAAAUGCUCUGAGUUCCUGCACCAUAUAAUGUUCACCCACCCAGUCGCUUCUCAAAAUGCACCAAUUGAAACAGUUCAAUAAAAGCAAAACAGACAGACAAAACAGGAUGAUAGUAGCUAUUGUUAUGUGGACAAUGGACACAAAGCAAACCGUUUGGAAUGAUGAGCUUUUGUAGCAGUGAUUACUUCAGUGUUAAUGUAGCCUGUGCAUAUUGGAGCAUAGAAAAUAAUAUUUAUGCCUUGUGAAUGAAAUAAGCAGUAUUCCACUGUUAAGAACCUUUUUGACUGUUUCUAAUUUA